GACUUUUUCCCUUUUGCUGGGCCACCAUUCCUUCUAAGGAACGACAAGAUUUGUCUAAUAACUUAAUAGCGCUACUAUCAAAAGAUUAUCACGUAAUACAAGGGGAAUUAAGACCAAAUUGCAUACAAGCGUUAUUAGAAGGUAUAUCUCGGUGUUCGCCUACUAUCAAACUACCACCACAUUUAGUAAAAUAUCUUGGAAAUUCUCAUGGUGCAUGGCAUACUGCUAUGGAAAUUCUCCAGACAACUUUUGAAGGCAUCAAAGAAGACGAUAAAUUUAAAGAAAGCAUUUUAGAUGCAUUAUCUGACCUAUAUUCAACGCUAUCAGAAGAUGAUAUGUUUUACGGUCUGUGGAAACGGCGAUGUAAAUUUGCAGAAACACUUUCUGCAAUAUCAUACGAACAAUGUGGAAAUUGGACACAGGCAUUACUUGCAUACGAAACUGCACAGACAAAGUCACGAGCAUUGGGUUCUCCAUGUACUGAAUCUGAAUAUUUACUUUGGGAAGAUCAUUGGGUCAUAUGCUCUCAAAAGUUGCAACAGUGGGAUAUUCUUAUCGACUUCGCCAAAAACGAGAAUAAUACAGAAUUAGUAUUUGAGAGUGCCUUCCGUUUAAUAGAUUGGGCUACAGAAAAGGAGGUUUUCGAACAAAAUAUUCAAGCAUUUUCAGAAUCACAACAAAAUCCAAGGCGAAAGAU